AUGGCGACGGCGCUUAUCGGCGGAGCAUUUCUCUCGGCUUUCCUCCAGGUGCUCUUCGACCGGAUGGCCUCCCGCGAGGUCGUCGACUUCUUCCGGUCGCGCAAGCUCGGCAAGGGGAGGCUGCUGCAGAAGCUGGAGGUCGCCCUCCUGUCCGCGAACGCUGUGCUGGACGACGCGGAGGAGAAGCAGAUGACCAACGACUCCGUCAGGAAGUGGCUCGACGAGCUCAAGGACGCCGUGUACGACGCCGACGACCUGUUCGACGAGAUCGCCGCCGAGGAUCUGGAGCGAGAAGCCGGGUUCGAGCCUCGGGCCCUCGCUUGUAAGGUCUGCAGCUUCGCUUCGGACGCUUGUGCGAGUGGACUAGGGGAUAAGUUAGAGAAGGUUCUGGAGAGAUUGGAGAGCGUGGUGAAGCAGAGAGAAGUGCUGGGCCUAAGGGAAGGUAUUCGCGAGAGGACGCCUAGAGCUUUGCCGACCACUUCGUUGGUCGAGGAAUCGGGAGUUUUCGGGAGGGAGAAGGACAGGGAGGCGGUGAUCGGGUUGCUCUUGUCGGAUCGGGGUGAAAAGAACACCAGCGUGAUGGCCAUAGUUGGGAUGGGUGGUGUUGGUAAGACCACGCUGUCCCAGCUCGUGUUCAACGAUCGGAAGAAAUUCCUAUUGCUGUUGGAUGAUGUUUGGAAUGAGGACUCAAAUAUUUGGAAUGCGUUCCUAGUUCCUUUUAGCUAUGGAGCAAGAGGCAGCAAAAUCAUCGUGACAACAAGAAAUGAGGGCGUCGCAUUGGUUGCUCGUGCCUUCUCGACAUACUAUUUACAGAAGUUACAAGACAAGGAAUGUUGGGACUUGUUCGCACAACAUGCAUUUGAAGAGCAUAACUUCGAGGCGCGCAUGAGACUUGAAGAUAUUGGGCAAAGAAUUGUUAAGAGAUGUGAUGGAUUGCCUCUUGCACUGAAGACUAUAGGUAGCUUGUUACGCUAUGAGUCUGAUAUCAGGAAGUGGGAAAUAAUUGCAGAGAGUGAUAUUUGGGAUUUGGCACCUGGAAAGAAUGAAAUUCUCCCUGCGUUGUUGUUAAGUUAUCAUUACCUUCCUCCACAACUGAAACAAUGUUUUGCCUACUGUUCAAUCUUCCCAAAGGAUUGUAGAUAUGAGAAGGACCAACUGAUCUUACUUUGGAUUGCUGAGGGCUUGAUAAAACAACCUAAGGACAGCAGGACAUUAGAGGAAGUAGGUGAUCAGUGCUUCUGUGAUCUAGUGUCUAGAUCUUUGCUUCAUAGAGUAAGCAACGUUGAAUCAAGUUUCUGGAUGCAUGAACUGGUCAAUGACUUAGCAAGAUAUGUAGCUGGUCGAUCUUUUAUAGCUUGGACGGAGUCAAUUCCCACCAGGUGUCCUCAAGCACUCGCCAUUUGUCAUUUGUAA